AUGGCCGAUAACAUUCUAAUGCGACUCAAAGCAGGUCGGCAGUAUACGUAUCUGAAGACGGAUUUCAAGAUCCACACAGCCAGCGAAUUCCCAUGCGCAGAUCACUGCAGAGUGCUCGCCCUCAGUAGGACAGAGAAAGAGUACAACGGUCAGUGCCAACAUCAGCAUACCAUCACCUGUGACCGGUGCGAAGACCUAAAGAAUGCUGUCUCAGAUCUGCAACUAGCGUUGGAUUCAGGUGAAGUAAAUCUAAGGUAAGAACAUCUUUGUGACAGCAAAGCAGAGUUUAGCAUUUAUUGUCAACUAACAACCUAAUCCCCAAGGCGCUUUGUAUGAGUUUAGAAAUUUUAAAUCGCUUUGGGUGGUUCUAAACCUAAUGAACAUAUGUUUUAAAUGAAACGCAGUUUACGAAAAAAAGUGAGAGAGGCAUCAUUAUUUUUUUAUAAAACGGCUCCAAAGAAAAAUUUCUGAGGCUAUCGCGCCGUGAUGUUGACAAGCUUUACUCUUUCUCUUUUUAGUCCUGAUAAAUGAAAGGAGUUACAGCAUGAUUUGAGAUGCGCUGCGCCGAGCAUAGAAGAUUGGAAGUCGCACGUUCUCCGUUUAGUUCACCACGAUGCGGCCAAGAGCGAAAUUGUUGAUAGCCUGAAACCAUCACAGGUGCUGCUAAUAAUGGACUGGGCGAUGAAGUUUAUUCCAACCAGUUUUCGCGAAACGCAGCGCGACUGGUUUGGAAAGAAGGGGAAGUCCUGGCAUCUCUCGGUGGCCAUCACUAAAGCAGAAGAUGGAACAAUUGAGGUAGAAAUCAUGUGCCUUCUCUUCUGUCUCUAUCGCUCACUGACCACUAUAAACUAGUUUCUCUUGAGCGCGGUCUUUGUUGCCUAACCGAUUGCAAAAUUGGAUAACUGAUAAGAAUGCCAUGCCGAGAAAAGACGCGAAAGCUUAAAUUCCUAACAGUGAAUUUCAACAUUCCAUUGCUUUCGGCACUUAUAUAAAGAUAAAACGUUGGCGACGCACGUAAGCGCGCGCAAAAGCUCAUGGGAUGGAAUACAUUUUAAUCCAAAUAAAAGGCCAUAAACAUUCACGAAAAAAGCAGACCUUCCGGGUGUUAUCUCUAUUUCAAGUCAACAUGCGCAGGUUAAUAUUCCAUUAGCCCUUGACUGUGACCAGGUCCCUUGGCGCACUAUUCAUGCUAAAAAAUGCUUUACUAUUAUGAUUUUCAGACACGUACAUAUAUCCACUUAUUUGAUGAAUGCGAUCAAAAUUGGUUCAGCCUUGCCUCCAUCAUCGAAGAUUCACUAACCACCAUGAAGCGACAGAAAUCUAGACUGAAUGAAGCUUUCCUGAGAUCUGACAACGCAGGCUGUUAUCACUGCGCAUUUCUCCUUCUCAGUCUUCCAAGCCUUGGACAGCGAGUUGGUGUCCGCAUAGCUCGUUAUGACUUCAGUGAGGCCCAAGCUGGGAAAGACAUAUGUGACCGCCGCGCCGCCGCCCUGAAGAGCCGCAUUAGGCACUACAUUAAUGAAGGCAAUGACGUCAAGACAGCAAGUGACAUGAAAGCUGCUAUUGACUCGCAUGGGGGUGUCAAAGGCUGCUACUCAGUGGUAUGCAAGGUUGACGAAAGGUCCCAAAACAUGACCAAGCACUCGCUGAGUGGCAUACAGUCUUUGAACAACCUCGUGUUCACUGAAAGUGUAGAGAUGAUCGCUUGGCGGGCCUACAAUGUCGGCCCCGGAAAGGUCUUUUCCGCGGCGUCGCAAACGCGUCUCGGUGCCCCUCAAGGCCCGACAAACUUAUAG